AUGGAUGCUACAUCACCAAUGGAUACACCUCUCAUAUCUCCGUCUAAAGCACGGCAAGCCGCAUCCCUAGCGAAGGACUGGGCAUACAUCAACAGUUGGCUUAACCGGAAAUAUUCGCCGAAUCCUGUGCCACACUUUGAACGAAACGAAGAUACCCUUAAGACUUUACUCGCACUUGCAGUGGCUAAUGAUGCUGGAGAUGACGAAGAGGCUCUCCUUCAUGCAGCGCGAGAAGAAACAAUUCGCAAUCUCUUAUCCCAAGAAGAAGCCAACCCAGAUUCCCAAACAGAACUCCUCGAUAUUAUAGAGUCAAGUCUGGAUGAUAAGGGGGCUAAAGUUUUAGACGAGCUCGCUGAAACCGCAGUGUUGCUGGGGACGUUUACAACUGAUAUUGGAGAACUUAACCAUCGGAUUGUGGACCUUACAAGGGAGGAAUUUGAUGUUGCUGAGCAAGUGCGCAAAAUAGAACUGUUACAGUCCUACCUUGGGAAGGAACUUCAGGCUCUUCGUGCACAGAUGGAAGAGCUGAAGAACGAGCAGAGAUAUGAGACUCCUGCAGAUUUGCCUUCCCAGACGGCUGAUUGGAUGAGGGGAACGAAGCUACUUAGCGCAAAGGUUGAGGAAUACCGGGACAGAAUUUCAACUUUUGAAAAGAUUGGAAGAGACAAAGGACUACGAAUCGAGGAUAUUAUGGUCGAGGAAGAAAGUGCGGUUAGGUUGAGAGAGAAGGUAAAGACGCUGGAAGGCAAAGUGAAAAUGUUUCAUGGGUUACCACCUAAUGUCCAGGAAGCGAACAAGGAACUAGAACGAGUUGAGGAAGACUACCUAAACCUUGUCCGCAGAAGAGAUACUAUGUUCGAGAAUUUGGCGGAUCACGAGAGGGUUUAG